ACAAAACAUUGACGUUAUCUACAAGUCACGUGAAAGGUGUGUUAAUCAGCGCUGAUUAUCAAGAUAGACAGAUCUGCCGGAGUCGUUCAGCAUGGAAUGGUUGCUGAUUGUUUGUGUGCUUCUCGCCACCGUUGCUGGUACUUUGACGCAAGGUUUACCGAGACUCAGUUCAGAGGACUACACAUUUCUGGAGCGCCUUCCUUCACCUCGUGUAGCACUUCCGGCAGGGUUCAAGGUCAAGUAUGUCGGUGAAGGCGGGGUCAUCAAGGACUCUAAACAAUCCUCUGGUCACUGGAUUGAAAUUGCAGGUAGUCCACACUGUUCGGACAGUGCAGUAUAUGAGGCUGCACUGAUCAUCAGCCUACAGUCCCGUCACAUGCCGACAGAGGUGUUCUCAAGACUCGCCGGGAAGUCCUCAGUUGGAGUUUUUACAAAGGCAGAGAAGAUUACGAUCUACCCCGAAUUCUAUCAUCUAAAAGAUACACCCGACUGUAAAGGGACAUGCGCUGGCCACUGCUCUCACACCUGCACGUCUGACGGACGGAAGUGGGAGUCGCUCGGAGGGGUUGAUGGGACCGGAAGGGCCAUCGUCCUGGACGACAACGUCCUGUGCACUCCCCAAGAUCCGCACCAUCACAGAGAAAACAUCCUGGUCCAUGAGUUUGGGCACGGCGUUCAGAAAUAUGGCCUUGAUUCCGCACGUAUUCAAAAGGUCAUCGCCGCCUACAACCACGCUAAGGCUGCCCACCUGUGGACACACUCGGCCUAUGCUAUGACAAACUACAAAGAAUACUUCGCGGAAGCGUCUACCGCCUUCUUCAACGUCAACCAGCAAACCAGUGCAGCCGGCAUGAACAAAUGUGGGCAUGGCUAUUAUUGUGACACUGAGGCGCAUGCGCGAGCGUGGCUGAAGCGGCACGACCCUCAGAUCUAUGACGUUCUUGUUUAUGCUUACACCAACAACCACCCCGAGAUCGCCAGCCAUCUGAAGAUAUGCCAAUCACACUAACAGACAUUAUAGCUAAAAUGGAUAGAAUUAUCAUUAAACUGCCCGCAUGUUAUCAGAAAUAGCCGCCCACUGUAACUUGAUAAUGCCCUCAUGUUGCUUGACGACGGGCCAUUAUCACGCCCGUUUUUAGGUGGCGUCAUAGGAAUAGGGAUAGGUGACGCAAAGUUCAAUAGUGACGUCAUCUGGUUUGUUCUAUGACGUUUCCAUAUUUGUAAAAGUGGGUCAGUGACAUUCUUAUUGAUUGCAGUACAUGUUUCUAAACCCAUAUUGUUGUUUAUUACUUGCCCGUGAAGAGAUCCCCAGUUAAAUAAACAUAUAGCUACGUUACACAUUGUGUAAUA